AUGAUGAUUAUCAAGAUCUUCGUGGUCUUUUUUCUGCUUCUCAUUGGUAUUUUCCAACCACCAGGUAAAUGUACUUGUAUUAUCUUCUGCACGAUAAUUGUUUUUUCUAGUAAAUGGUAUCCGGGUUAGCCAGGAUCAUAUACUUCACUGGAAGAAGCUAAAACUACGUUGACUGCCUGUCUCCUUUUCAUAAAGAUAUCCCAUGAAUAAACAGAUUAACUGCCUCUGGACUUUUGAUAUGUUUCAGCUACAAUCACCACAUCGCUUCAAGUAAACAUAGCUUGUAAUGGAAAAUUGUCGUUCUACGACAGUGAACGAAAUGAGCUACUCGACUCACGAAAUCCGGAAAAUAAGUAUGUAAGGUACACGCUUAAUCCGGAAACUAAAGUUUUGGCCUUUAAAUGUCGUAGUUACAACAAAACUAAGCCAUUGAUGAUGGGAAGCGUAAGCAAUGGAUUGGUUACAGACACUAGAUGGAAAUGCAUCAGCCUUAACGAAGACGAAACUCGAAAUUUUGGUCUCAAAUCUUGGACCAAAAAGGACGACGUCGACGAUAGCCAUUGGCCCCAGGCUGUUGGAUACUUCUCAAACCGAGACAGCCCUUGGGGAAAGGUUUCAGAUAUAAGCGAAGAUGCUUUCUGGAUAUCCACGGCUGCAGAAAAACACUGGUGGCUGUUUUGCCGACGACGACUAUCUGAGAUGCCUCUGAAACAAAGAAUGCAAAAUGGUUUGUCUUUAUAUUGUUCCUGCUAAUCGUCUUCUAUCCCCAACAAAAUGUUUUAAAAUACUUUGUAAAAUUUAGCUUCCUUCACUUUCAUUCACACCUUACCUUUUUUUAGUUAAGAAACACUUAAAUUAUUUGGAGAGUGGGAUAUGUUAAUUUGGUGGACAAGCCAUGACACUCUCUCAAGGAUUUAGCUCCCUCGGCUUCUCCCUCUCCUUUAAAUAUUUAAACUCAGUGCGCAAAUUUAAAAUAAUAUAUCAACUUUGAAGUCUCCAAACUGUCAAUGACUGAUGUAGCUUCAUUCUAUUCUAUUUUCCCUUAUAAUAUUUACACCAGGUAACUGUGAAAUUACAUAUCACAAUUGAAGUGGAUAGUGGAGGGCUUCAAGGAUUUAUGACCAGGAUUUUUGCUAUGCUAGGAUAAGAAAAUAGCGGUUUUUUGCGCCAUCACUUUAAAAAUGGAAAACACUAAAACGAGAUAAACAAGGUGACGGACUCUGUACCACUUAAACCUUUUCCGCCUUCUUUUAGUAAGGACAUCAGAUUUGAAAUAAAUUAUUGGCUUGAUUAUAUUAUCCUCCACUUAGCCAGCGAAUACUCCAAUAAAACAGUGUACCGUGCAUAAUUAUUACGACAAAUUUUAUUUCUAUUUGUAGGGGUUUUUCAAGCAACGCUAGCUGACGUAGAUCACGCCCUCUUUAGUCACUCUCGGUCUCAACACGAGGUCAGUGACGUCAUGCAGUGUUUCAAGAGAUGCCAUAAUGAUUCCCAGUGCCUCUCGUUCAACUUUGAGUACGCUACAGUUAAACUCUCGAAAACCUGCGAGCUAAAUGGCGUUACUAAGAACCAAGAUCCUAACCAUUACGUCAGCAGACCGGGUUUCACUUAUUACGAGAAAGUAGGAUGACUGUCGAAGCGAAGCUGACACAUAUUUUGUGUUGUGGUGUUGACUGAGUUUUUGUUUUCCUGUCGAUUAUAACCAUAUUAAUUUAUAAACUCUUAUAAAGUCCGUUCGGUCACUUUUAUCUUUCCAAGGUAUUCCUUUUAGCCUGCUCUGCCUCCUAGGCCGACUGAUUUCCUUAGCUAAAGGCCCUGUGUGGCUUACUUUUACUGCAGUCUCUUCUGGAGCCAUUUGAGCACAAUUUAAGCCCAAACAGCUCAAUCAAAAGGCUAUUCCAGCCCACGCUGGGGCCCAUUUCAGCCUUUGGGUCCAAAUCAGCCCAGGUAGAUGGACUGUAUUGGCCCUCUUUUAAGGGAGCCAAAUUAGACUCAAAAAUAGGAUUUUAUUUUACUCACCGAAACGGCCCCAUUUUUAGGACCAAAACAGAUCUUUCUGAUUUACGGAGUGACCUUUCUCGUAUCUCUUUGGUGAUUGUUUGCCAUAGUAGUUAAACCAUCACUGCCCUGCAAUAUGAAUCAGCACCUACGAUCACAACCUUACCUGUCCUUGAAUAUUUUUGUAAUGUAAAAAGGCUGAUGGUAGGUCACAUUAUCAUUUUUCCCUCUGGGAAACAACAGUAAUUAGAACAAAACAACGGCUGGUUUAUUUAUUAAGGAAGACCGAGUUAAUUCACUUUCGGUUAGGAUAUAAUUGAAAUCAAAUUUGCCAGGAUGGCACAACUGUAGAAAUCGAUUCAUUGCCUUUACUUUCUUGAUCAAAAGAAAAAGUUUUUUGCUCUUUUUGUUUUGUUUCGCAAGACGUGAAUUAAUUAAGCCUGACACUUUUGCCAACCUUACAUAUCAUUAUGAAUCUGAUGGUUCUGCUCCAAUUUGCAUCAAUUCAUUUGCUUAUCAAGGACUCUUUUGUUACACGGAUAACAGCAAACUAACAUUAAUUGCUGAAACCGAUUAAAAAUAAAUAACACCUGUUCAUCACUUCCUAAAAUUGUCUCCAAACCAAACUGAUAGAAUAGGAAAUUAACCGGGCGUUUGAGAAUUUUCACUUUGAAGAUAAAUGGUUAAUUAAACAACACCAUCUGUCUAAACAUACAGGUCUCUUGAGGAGUCGAAGUUGCUGUUGCGAUUAAUUUGGUUAUCUAUAGCGGAUUUGAGGUGAUUUUAUCGAUUUUCGUCAAGCAAAACGAAAUGAAACAUUCUUUUUUGUGUCUUCUGCUUGUCACCAUUUUCCUUUCUUCAGGUAAGAGUAGCAAUAAUGAACAACGCAAGAUAGUUUAAACCUAAAUAUGAUGUUUCAAAAAGGUCGUUUCGAGCUAAUUUUAGGCUGGUGUUUUUUCUAAAUAAACUGUUUAAUAAAUUUUCUAAAGUAACUCCAUUUUGUAACACGAAAAUUUUUAUUAGUAUUCGCUGAGUAACUUUUCUGGUUGUUCUCUCGGGUGUUUGAUAUGAUUUUUUUAGCGAAUGAUAUCUUUUUCCUGCAAGAACCUUGCAUUUGUUAGCAGGGAAACUAAGAAGCAAAACUAAAUUACUACCACAAUAUUUUCUUAGCCUGGGCGUUAAUGUUAGGUUUCUUUCUAGAAAAAUCCUGGAGGCUGUUCUUUUUAAUAUUUUUUUACUGUAAUAAAAGUUGGCGUUUUUUUCAGUUAGAUUCAAUUUACAGAGUAAUUUAUAAAUCUCCCAUAUUUUGGCAGCGAGCGCUGGUUGUAAAAACUUCAGCUGAGUUUAAGCCAAUCAGAAACAACGGAGGAUAUAAAUCAUUCCGGCUUGGCCCAUCAUACUUGGUAUUCAGCAAAGUACAGUUUCAGAGGAACUUUCUCAAAUAUCUUAUUGUAAGGCUUUGUUCUAAUUAGGCCUGGUUGUUAGGAUAGAAGUAAAGAGGGAACAUCAUUGACAGGACAUCUUGGGAAACAACUUAAAUUCCGAGUAUUUACUAUUCAAUGAUUACUAUAUCAGCUGCCUGAGUCUUGGUUGAUAGCUUUCGGUACUUUUAGGUGCUAUUUACCUUCUACUUUGUGUUGUUGCCCAUUGUGUAUGGCACACAUGUACGAAAACUGAUCAGAAUUGGAGGAAACUAUAAUAAUAAAAUUUUCAUCAUCGUUUUUCAGGGGAGCCAAACGAGUGUACUAAAUAUCGAACAAUUAACGACGCCAGCCGUGCAGCAAGCAACAAUAAUCGACAAUAUAAAUGUGAUAGAAGAGAUGAUAACAUAUCUACUGGGUGGUAUCGUAUGAUGGGGAAGACUGGUAACCACGUUCCAGAGUAUUGCGUUCCUAUAAAUCACUGCGGUACCCACGCACCUGGUUGGCUCAGUGGGACACACCCAAGUGUACAUGAAGGCAUAGUGAUUCGACAAGUUUGUUAUCACUGGAAAAGCCAAUGCUGCUACUGGAAAAACAACAUCAAGAUUCGAAACUGUGGAAACUAUUACGUGUAUCACUUUGUUAAGCCUCCAACGUGUCUUUUACGUUACUGUGGGGACUGGCGCCGCGAAUGGAAAGGUGAGGUAUCAGUUUGCCUG